GGUUCUUUUUCAUUCCUUCCCGUUUUGCACCAAGACUCUGGAAUUUCACCGCAAACACAAGCUGAAACUGCAAAUCGUGUAAAAUGACGGGUGUAUUCGAGGCUCCAAAAACCAGGAUAAACGCGUCGAUGCUCUCUCAGUACGUGAGCAGGCCGGUGUGUUUCAUAGGGCGCGUGGGAAAGGUCCAUCCAUCUGGCAAAUCGUUCACGUUGACCGACGGAGAGGGAAAGAAUGCAUCCGUGGAGCUUAACGAUCCUCUGGAAGAGGAGUUGAGCGGAAUAGUGGAAGUUAUCGGAAUGGUGUCGAAUAAAGGAACCAUCAUGGCUGCGGUGUACAACAUGUUCAGGGAGGAGAAAGGAAUUUCCUUUGAUUUGGAGCUGUAUAACGAGGCCCUGAAAGUGCUUCACGAUUUUCCGCAGUAUUACCCUUUCGAGGUGUCGUCGAGCGGAUGAGACGAAGCAACACCCUGCGCUAUUUCUUUCUCCCUCUGAUUUUUUUUUUCCCUCCUCCUUUCUUUUAUUGUGUACGUAGUUUUCUUUCCCUUGUAAAUAAUCUAAAGCCGUUGCUGAAAGCUGUUCAUUUUUGUUACUUCACAAAUAAAAAGUCUCACUGAGGAGACACAUUUUGGUUUGUUGAUCUCGAAA